AUGCGUACCUGCGCUCUAUUUGGAUUAUAUGCGCUGCUAAUCGUCGCGUGCUUAAGCCACGCAACAGUUGGCCAAGAGCAGGCAGAACAGCAGCCUUUGGACGGCAGCGAUGUGGAGAUGCAGACAACGCUAGAGAAGGGCGAGGGACAGCGUGUGACAAGGCAAAUUGGACUUGGGCUGGGUGGCAUUGGAGGCAUUGGUGGAAUUGGCGGCGGCUUGGGCGGCAUAGGUGGCUUAGGCGGCAUUGGAGGCUAUGGCGGCUAUGGCGGCAUUGGAGGAAUUGGAGGCUAUGGCGGCUAUGGCGGAGUUGGGGGAAUUGGAGGAAUUGGAGGCUAUGGCGGCUAUGGAGGAUAUGGUGGCUAUGGCGGCUACGGUGGCUAUGGAGGCUAUGGCAGCUAUCGUCCCUACUACAGCAGUUAUGGAUAUGGCGGAAUUGGAGGAGUUGGCUAUCGCCCGUAUGGAGGAGGAAUUGGCUAUGGCUAUGGCUAUGGCGGCUAUCCCAUAAGUAGCUAUGGAAGUGUGUAUGGCAGUUUUCGUUAA